UAAUAAGUUAUUUUUAGGAAAAAAUAAAUCAAUAUUCUCAAAAGGCGGUAAAAUGUAGGGUUGCCAAAGUCGGACGGUAUAGGUUUUCUAUGGGACGGCAAAACGAAAGCAAAACAAAUUACGGCAACGUCGCCAGUAACAAUCCCGUCAAGUUGGGCUGACAGUUAAAGAAGAGAUGGCGAGCCGAGUUGUUUUGUUGGUAAAUAGACUGUAUGUUUUCCGCGCUUGAACUAACCGGACUGUAAAUUAUCGAAUUUUGUCGCUUUCGGGCCACUUUUGCUAAUUUCGUGCGUGCCAGAGGGUGAUUCGUGUCGGACAAUAUGGGUGUCGUGUUGCCGCCGUUGGAAUUCACAGAGUGCCUGAGCGACAGUCCGGAUUUUCGCGAGAAUUUACACAAACAUGAAAGGGAAUUGGAGAAAACCAAUCAGCACAUCAAGCGAAUCAUCAAGGAAGUUAAAGAUUUGAUACAGGCUGCAACGCAACUGAGCGACGCGCAGAAAUCGUUCGCGAAGUGCAUGGAGACAUUCACCUUCGAGUGCAUCGGAGGCACAGAAACAGACGACGAACAAGUCAUAUUCCAAUCGCUAAAAGUCUUCAGCGAUUUCAUCUACACGGUGGAGGAGGAACGACGACGAAUGUUGGAGAAUGCCUCAAUGCUCGUCGUUAAACCUUUAGAAGAGUUUCGAAAGAAGCACAUCGGGGCCGUGAAAAAUGAGAAGAAAAAGUUCGAGAAACAGACUGCAAAAUUCUGUCAGAGCCAGGAACGUUACUUGAAUUUGACCACAAAGAAGACGAAUUCAUUACAAGAGGCGGAUGCAUCUGUGGACAUGGCCGAAAGACAUUUCUACAAAGCCAGUAUGGAGUACGUGUGUCUGAUUCAAGAGGUGCACGAACGAAAAAAAUUCGAGUUCGUCGAAACUCUACUACAAUUUAUGAUGGCCUGGCUUACGUUCUACCAUCAAGGUUACGAAGUGGCGAAGGAUUCACGCAAUUAUACCCAUCAAUUGUCGCAGAAAAUACAAAAGACCAGGAACAAUUUCGACGAUUUCAGCCAGAAAUUAAAGUCGCGGAUGGAGGAGGUUUUAAAACAGGCCGAACCGGUUAGAAAUGUUAGGGGAAGGAAGGAGGGUUAUUUGUUUUUGUUGGAGAAAAAGCCUUGGGGUGCAACUUGGAAUAAAUAUUAUUGUUCCUAUGAAAGAGAUGGGAAGAUUUUCAAAAUGAUACCAUAUAACCAGCUGACUACUAAAACCGUGCCCCAACCGGAAACCAUGACAUUAGUGUCUUGCAUAAGACGAAUGUCUGACUCCAUAGAGAAAAGGUUUUGUUUCGACAUCCAACUCGAUGGUAAACCCGGCGUAACUUUAACAUUUCAGGCUUUGUCUGAGCAAGACCGGAAAUCGUGGAUGGACAUGAUGGAUGGAAAAGAACCCACCUAUAUAGCCCCGUCGAAGGAUCGAAAGACUCCAAAUCCAGACGAAAGAGUGUUUGACGAAAACUGCAUCAAAUUCGUUAAGAAGUGCAUUGAUGUGCUCGAAACCAGAGGCCUGGAGGAACAGGGUAUGUACAGAAUUGGAGGAGUUGGAUCGAAGGUGAACAAGUUCUUAACCAUCUUCUUGGAUAAGAGAAAAAACGAAAAGUCAUCGAUGGAAGAUCCACUGGAAUGGGAGACGAAGACUAUAACCAGCGCGCUGAAGACUUGUCUUAGAAGUUUCUCUGAACCACUUAUGACAUAUGAGUACCAUAAUGAGUUUAUUAAAGUAGUCAAACAAGAAACCAAGGAGAAACGCAUAAACGAAAUCCACAGACUGUUGUACAAACUACCACGUGCCAAUUUCGACCUACUCAAAAUCGUAAUCAAGCACUUACAAAAUGUGGCCGACAAGAGUAGCAAAAACUUUAUGACCGCAAGUAACCUGAGCGUCGUUUUCGGACCCACACUGUUGCGUCCUGAAGAGGAGACAGUGGCCAGCAUUAUGGACUUGAAAUUCUACAACAUCGUUGUUGAAAUCCUCAUCGAUAACUACGACAGACUGUUCAACGAACCACCUCCAUCUACAACUUACGAACAUCCAAACGACGAUGUAGCUCCACCCGAGGCGGUGACACGCAAAAUAAAGCCCAUCAACGGCACCGUAUCUGACGUAUCUAGGUACACGAACGGACCCCACAUACCACAUAUCAAAAGGACCAACGGAUACGGCCACCAGGAUAUAAAAGCAUUUCGAACUUCCAAUCUACCGCAACAAUCUUACCACACCAGCGUCAAACCGGCGUAUGGUUUUUACGACAAUGACAACAGCACCAUCCUGCAAGACCUGAGUCACAGCGAAUAUGGGGGACGACCCGUUUCGAAAUACGUACCUCAAACUUCAGCGUCACAAUCCGAGAUCAACAUACCCAAUAUGAAUUGGGGCUCCCCGCGCUUCGGAUCGAACCCCCUGUUAGAUGCAAACUGUACGAGCAGUUCAAACGAAUCGGUCGCUUCCACCUCACAGGACAGCAGCACUCAUUUUAUAAAAACGAUACCACAGAAGAGGCAACGUUCUAUGGCGAUCGGGUACCACAACAUGUAUAAAUCCGUGGAUAAUGUGGACUCUGACAAUUUAUUUAUAACUCACGUACUAAGAGGACCGAGCACACCAUUUCGCAACAGACGAGUGAGAACACUCUACGCCUGCUUGGGCGAGAACGAUGGAGAACUAAGCUUCGAACCAAAUCAAAUCAUAACAAACGUGAAAUCGUCGCCUGAACCGGGUUGGCUGGAGGGCACAUUGAACGGAAAAACGGGCUUGAUCCCGGAGAACUACGUGGAGAUAUUGCCCUGACCUGCGCAGUACAUGUCGAAGUUGCGCGCCAAUUUGCGUAAAGCGUUCAACAUCAACACCACCUCCAAUCCGGAGCUCUGCGCGUCGGCACUGUUCGGCCACAGGCAGAGCCUCGACGAGACUCAAUGUCUGAUUGACAGGCGGAAACCGGCCAGAAAAAAUUCAACAUAAUUCUCCAUCCAUUUUCAACAGGAGGCGGUUUUUUCGGUUUUUCUUUGUCCAGUUGCGGUGUUUUGUGUUUGUUUCAAGGCACGAACGAGAAAAUGAUGUUAACACGUUCAGUUAAAAUACUGCAAUGAAAUUUUAGCCCAAAAUUAUUACAAAAAAUGUAUAUACAUUCUGUGAUAGAUCUAGACUGCCACGUGCGUUUCCUUUUGUUUGUUUAUAGACAAAUUUUUCGGGUGCAAAAAAGAGAGAUAAUACAGCAGUAUUUUCAUAAGGAUGAGAGUAAAAUGCGACUGAGGUAGAUAUAAUAAGUAUAGUCAUGGCUUAUGAGUUUAAAAGAGAGGAACCUAUAUCAAAGACAUGCUGAAUAAAUUCCAAACACCAAAUAAAUAAUCAACAAUUUCAAUUAGUUACGCGUGCCAAACUUCCCAAACAUUCCAAACUCUCUUCUACCAACUCAUAAUCCGGACGUUGAGUGCACAAUUUUACAUAUCCUUGAUAAUAUCAUAUUCGAAACUAUAGUUCAAUUACAUAGAUAUAAAAUCCAAAUCUGCUUUUAUCUUAUUUUUGUAAUGCAUUCAGGGUGCGUUUGAACAGAGUGGAAAAUUGUAUAAUUAGCACUGUAACAUUUAACUUAUGUGUCGUGAACUGCAUGGCUAUAAAAUUUGGAAAAGCUCAAUCAGUGUUUAUUAAUGCUUAAAGAAUUAGUUUAAGUGUGUCCAUUUUUUAAAACGUUACGUUUACAUGUUGAAUUUUGUGUAAUAUGUGGAGUUGAACAGUAUUAACAAAAUUUAUGUCUGUACAUAUGUAUUUGUUUAAUAUAAUUUGAUGUAAAUUUUCUUGAUGAAGAAAGUCUUUACGAGUGUAACUCUAUUGUAUUUUCAUUACUAUAAUCCUAUUAUAUUAAAAUAAUUUCUGUGUAGUGAAGCAGAUUUUAUUUUAUCGUUAAAACUUUAAUAUCCCUGAUCUUUCACAUAUAGUAGUUUUCAUUUUGGAAUAUGGGAAUUUAAUUUUCCAUUUUCUGUCCAUCUAUUCCGAUUAUCACGAUUAAUUAGUGUAACUAAUUAAAUGGUGAAAAUUAUGAGUAAACUUGUGAUUUUUGUGUUAAAUGGUUAAUAACGGCCUGAUUAAAAA